CCAACGGACGGGUGUACCAACAAAACAAAAAACAGAAACAGAGCCACCACCACCACUGCCCAUUGCUCGCUCGCUCACUCACUCACUCGUUGACUGGCUGUGCUGCUCUGCUUUUUAUGCUUUGGCGUGUUCCGUCGUGUCUGUGGCAAAAGGCAUUUCGGCCAUAGAACAGAGCAAUCAGUUCCAAAGUAACGUUCGUUCGAAUCCGUAGUGUGUGUCUUGUGAAUCUGUGUCGUUGUCAGCCGCUGGCCGUUUUUGUGCUUCAUUACUAGACAAGUAGAUUCAGACCAGCCAGCAAGCAUUGAUACCGCCGUCGUUCACGCAGUCCGUCGCCGUCGCUGCAUGAAUUCUCUCGUACGCCUCCGAAAAAUAGAAAAAUCAAGAAAAACAAACAAAAAUCGAAAAGCCGAGACAAAUUUCUAUGGUUUACUUUGAGUUUUAAUUACAUUUGAAGAAUUUUGGCUAAAGCGAGUCUUCUUCUUCUACUGCUGGCCAAAACUGAAAGAAAAUACUUAACCAACAACAAAACAAACAAAUAAACCUCUAAACAGUGCAAAAUCAAAUCAAAGCAAAAGUGCGAAUGAAAUAAACAAGUUUAGUCUACAGUACUUCAGUUCUGUAGCUCUGUGUUGUCAUUAAGGCCACCAUUCGCGCCAUAUCUCCGGGAAAAAUAUUGCCGCCGUGCUUGGUUUCCCCAAAAAGAAAGAAUAACCCAAAAAAUAAUUAAAAAUAAAUUUGUACAAAAAGGAAUACACAAUUGAAACCCUACAAAAAUAGAAAAAAAAACUAAAAAAAUCAAUACAAUUUUUGUACAGUCUUGGAAAAAAACAACAAAACGAGUGACGUUAUCCGCCUUUGUUUUCAUUUUGGAUACCCACCGAAAAUUACGAAAUUAGCCACAAAGAAAAACAAAUAGAUAGAUUUUGUAAAGUGUGAAUUUCAAAAAGUGUUUGUAUUUGGAGCUCCAACUUAUUGCCUGCCCCUUGCUUAUCACCAACUUUAAUUGGAAUAUUCUUUUAAAUAACAAGCUUUCCCAGGCACUAUUUUCAUAGUGCUCAAAAGCUUAAUUGUUCUUUUUCAUUUUUGACCUGUUGACCUGUUCACGGCCUCAUCGUGGCUCUACACUCAACAGAAGCCUUAAUGGCUGCCGGUUUCCUAAAAUCCGGGGACUUGGGUCCCCAUCCGCACAGCUAUGGUGGACCGCAUCCGCAUCAUUCCGUGCCACAUGGACCAUUGCCGCCGGGCAUGCCGAUGCCAUCACUGGGACCCUUUGGUUUACCCCACGGCCUCGAGGCCGUCGGGUUCUCCCAAGGUAUGUGGGGUGUCAACACCCGUAAACAGAGACGUGAACGCACCACAUUCACCCGUGCCCAGCUGGACGUAUUGGAAUCUCUAUUCGGCAAGACACGUUAUCCUGACAUCUUUAUGCGCGAGGAGGUGGCACUGAAAAUCAAUCUACCCGAAUCCAGAGUACAGGUUUGGUUCAAAAAUCGCCGUGCCAAGUGCCGUCAACAGUUGCAGCAGCAACAGCAAUCCAACAGCUUAAGCAAUUCCAAAUCGGUUAAUUCCGGUUCCGGUUCGUGUUCAUCCUCCUCAUCGUCACGCAAUGCAUCAAAUAGUUCCGGCAGCAACUCGAACUCAACGAAUUCCUCCUCGAAAUCCAACAAUCACCACUCCUCGUCCUCCUCCUCGUCGGCCGGUGGCAGCCACAGCCACAACAACAAUGGCAACAAGAACUCGGCGAACUCGAACAAUCCCAAUGGACCCUCGGGCGGUGCUGGUUCGUCAUCGGCAGCUGCUGCCGCUGCUGCUGCCGUGGCCCAGUCCAUCAAAUCGCAUCACAGUUCCUUCCUCAACUCAUCCAGCUCUGCCACCUCCGCCGUUACACCCACCAGUUCCGCCGGCAAUUCGCAUUUGCAUCACAUGAAUGCCAACAGCCAUGCGGCGGCGAAUGCAGCAGCCAGUGCGGCUGGCCUUAAUACAUCGGGUGGUGGUGGUGGCGGUGCCGGCCAUCACAACUCCUCGCCGUUGCUGCCCACACCUGCCACCUCCGUCAGUCCUGUGAGUAUUGUGUGCAAAAAGGAACACAUUGGCUCUAGCGGUUAUCCUGUCUCCAAUCCCGACAUUUUAAGGGCUGCCUCCUAUGACACGCUGAAAGAGUCAGGAGGUGAUAUCGGCAGCAGUGGCCACCACCACAGCAUCUAUGGUACAGCUGCCUCGGCAAAUCCUCGCCUGCUGCAGCCCGGUGGCAAUAUCACUCCCAUGGAUUCGAAUUCCAGCAUUACCACACCCUCACCACCCAUUACGCCCAUGUCCCCGCAAUCGGCAGCCGCCGCCCAUGCUGCCCAAUCAGCUCAGUCGGCCCAUCACUCGGCAGCCCAUUCCGCCGCCUACAUGUCCAAUCAUGAUUCCUACAAUUUUUGGCACAAUCAAUAUCAGCAGUAUCCCAACAACUAUGCCCAGGCGCCCAGCUACUACUCCCAAAUGGAGUACUUUAGCAAUCAGAAUCAGGUGAACUACAACAUGGGCCAUUCCGGCUAUUCGGCUGCCUCGAAUUUCGGUCUGUCACCGAGUCCCUCAUUCACGGGCACCGUAUCAGCCCAGGCCUUCUCGCAGAACAGCCUAGACUACAUGACGCCUCAGGACAAGUAUGUAAAUAUGGUGUAGAAUCUGCUGAUGCAAUAUUGCGGCGGCAAAUCGGAUGAGGAUGCCAAUGGAAUGGCCAGCAGUGAGCAGCACCGCAUCAACUCGGAUUAUGCUUAGAUUUGAAAAAACAGAAAACAAAAACAAACAUAUCGUGAAGAAAAGAGACAAAAAACAAAAACCAUUUCCAGGGUCACCCAGCUUCAGGCAAGGGAAGUGUUUUGGGUCCUCCACAUAUCUGCAACGGAGAGGACCCCCCUCACCAAAAUCAUGUGUAAAUAUUUACAAAAACAAAAGUCCUAGAUUUGAGUUAUGUUUGAGUUUUUUUAUUAUUUUUUUUUUUUUUUUCAAAAGCCAAUGUCAACGAAAAAACGAGUGAUAAUUAAGCAAACAAAAAACAACCACUUAUAUAAAACAAAAAGAAAAACAACAACUAAAUAAGCUAUGUAUGUACUAAUUAAUUAAGAAAAAAACAACAAAUCUUUAAAAAAAUCAAACAAACACAACAAUACUCAAGCCAUUCUUGUCCUAUGUUUAAAACAUUGUUCUUUUAAUUAAGAAAUUCUUUUCAGUAUUUCCCCAUGCCAACAAAAACAUUCCAAGGAACUGCAAAUAACAGAUUUCAAAUUUCGAAAAAAAAGAAAAAAAAAUAUUUCACAAAAUUAUUCUUGGUUUUGGAAACUGAAAGAAUUAAAUUUAUGUUUUCAAAAUUGAUUGAUAAUCUUGUAACAAUUUUUAAAGCAUUUCUCUAAAAAAUAUUUUUUUUCUACUUUAAUUUAACAAAGAAUCGUUUAUGGCUUCUUAAUUCCCUAACAAAUUGACAAGUCAUUAUCGAUCUAUAAAUCCCUACCCGCUUUCUCAGCAGAGAACCAAAAAAGUAACUUUCCACAUCAACAAAUAUCAUUCUCUCAGAGUUACUUCUCACUCUCUCUCUCCCUGCCACAUUCAAAUGAAACAUGCGAGAGAAACAUUAUUCCUCUUUGAUUGAACCCCUUCAUAUCACUAUUAUUAACACAUCCUGGCAAAGGAAACAAAACCAACAAAAUAGUUAUAAUAAUUGUAAAAUAAUUAAAAAAAAAAACAAUCAUAAAACAAAAUUGUGUAACAUAUUUAGUUAAUAAUGCAAACAAAAAAUAAGACAGUUCAAAUGGAGAAGAAAAAACAAAAAACCCAAUAACGAAAUUUAAAAUCUAAACUAAAAAUAACUUCAAUGAAUGUUUGUAAAAAAAUUCUUAAAUGUCUAACAAAGCAACAAAAAAAAGAA